AUGUCGGUAGAUAGACUUCUUACGACUGUGUUACGCGCAUACCAAGGCGUCCCUGAUCCUGAACAAACGGACAGAAUCCUGGGGACAACUACCUCCUUACUUACCACUCUUACGAAUCCCUUGAACAUAAGUCUUCUUACGUCGCAUCUUCUUACCGCACCUGCUAUAUGGAAUAAUAAUGAUGGUCUGCGAAUUUCUCUCCGGAUUAUUAGCGUCUUCAACACUGCUGCCAUUACUGUGCGCAAGAAUGAAUUAGAAAGUCACAACGAGCAGCCACCGUAUGAUGCAUAUCAACCUCGGAAAGGAGGCGGAAUCGGUUCUGAUGAUUGGGCUCGAGCUGUGAUCAAAGGGGCCGAUGAUAGAUCGCCAAGAUGGCAGCAUCUUCUUGUGAUUGCCGGCGUGUUGCUAGGUAUGGAAAAUGGAGGGAGGCAUGGGCUCUCUACUGGAAUUAGAAGCACACUUGAACGAGCAUUAGUUACGGCGGCCAACUUGGCAUUGGAGAACCCAACGAGAGAUGGAAUCGUCGCUGCGGAAUCUAUCGUAUUAGCUCUCAACCAUGCAUUUCCCCUAUUGUCAGAUGGAGUGCGUACUGGUUUGAAUUAUGAUAGCUUGGUUAUGAUAAUGGUAAGAACGGUGACUGCAAUGGAGGGCUACCAGGAUGGCAUAUUCUUACCAUAUAUUGAUGCGGAUAUCAAACAAGUACCGGGAGAUAAGUUCGAUUGGUCGUCCAAAUCCGCAUCUUUUUUGCAACUACAAAAGCAAGCAUCGAGCCCAAUACUUUCAUCCAUGGGUCCGCUAUCAAGACUGAUUGCGCAUGCAAUUGAGAAUAUGAGCAACUCUCUACUCGCAACAGAAAUCAGAGAGCACGUCCUUUCGUUCUCCGGUAGACUUCUAGAAGGCUGGAAGGGGAACAAAUUGUCGGAGAUUGAUCUAUCUGAGGAAGCAAUGUUUCUGACUCCGGAAAGUCUUCAAAUAACUACACCAGUUUUGUGGCAGGUAUUGAAGAGCGCCAUGUUCGCUACGGUAGUCAUUUUGCAAGGCCUUAUGGCGAGAACUAUGGUCGACCCUGUCUUGUCGACAAAACGUCUUGCUCCAAUAGCAGCUUCGGAAACGCUCAUCAUUCUUGGAAACAUUCACUUUAUUUCGUCCCGACUUGGCUCUAACUCUUUUUCUGCAUACGUGUUCGUCAAUUUAUCAUCUAUCGACAUCCUAUCCAAUUACCCUCUCGAGUCAAGAGAGCUUCUCAAAGCAAUAUACCCCGUACAAGCUGGAGAGAUCCCAGCUAGUCCUUUGCAGCGCAAUCACGAUCUAUUCUAUCUUAAUACUUGCGAGCAUUUAACCAAUAUUCUUAGCCCGCCUGACAACGAAAGCCUGAUUAUUGGCGUGGCAGCUCCUUAUCUCAGUCCAACAGCGCAUCCUGGCUUCUUGGAAAUCUUCGAAGCUGCCCAUAGUGCUGUUCUUGCAGUACUUUCAGCUCCUCAAAACACAAAGCUAACCGCCAGAUUCAUCCCUAUUUACGUUAAUGCUCUAUUUAAUUCGUUCCCCAACAACUUGUCUCCAAGGCAAUUCCGUUUUGCUUUUAAAUCUUUAAUACACAUCGCCACCCCACCUACGCCUCUUUCAACUGCCGAGCCAAUGCUAGCGGAAACUCUUCUAGAAAUGCUCCAUUACCGUGCAGUUCAUGCGCCUAGAUCACCAUUACCUCAAUCAGUAUAUAUGAGAGAUACUGCCAGUCAGCAAGAUAGCCAGGCGUCACUCUCUGAACAGGCGAUCCUUAUGCUCACACUAUUGGAUGCAUUGCCUAAUCUCCCGCUCGAUGUUUUACAAGCUUGGUUACCAAUAUCCGCUGAUCUUCUAAAUGCAAUUGAAGAUAAUUACAUGCGAGAGCGAUGUAAAACAAGAUUCUGGGAAGUGCUAGAGAGCGGGGAAAUGGACGUGGAGAGAAGCGCAGUAUGUGUUGGGUGGUGGAGUAUACGAGGGGGUAGAGAACAGAUACUGUUUGGAAGGGAAACCCAAAGUAUUGAGCCUUAUAUGAGUGGAGGAUUGGGGGAAACAAAAAGUAGAUUGUGA